CAUAGUAGAGAAGGAAAGGAUUCAGAAAAACGGAAAAGGAGAACUGAGCCGCAAUGAAGUACUACACCCCCUAAAGACAAGCACUCAAUGAAAUAGAAGAUCUGCUCAAUGCUACGCCAGAUGAACAGACACAUACAGUUUACACGAAAUAGAUUGUGUAACUAUUCAGUACAUGAAAGAGGUCUUCGAAAUUACGAAACAAUUGGACUUGAAAUUUGAGAAGCUGACGGAGAACGAGUGGAGGGCUUAUGUGAGGGGAAAACUCGAUAAGAUAGCCAGCCGCUUGCCUCCGGCGAAGCAUGGCCACGGUGGUUCGUCGGUUCCCGUGGCGAAACCAACGGUGAACACUGGCGGCAGUGGGCAGAAACCCAAUGAUCAAGUUGAUGAUGCCAAGGAAAAUGGAACCCACGGAGUCGAGCAAGCCGACGGAGUCAAGCCCACCCAGGAUCCGUCCCAGGAACCCCUCCAAUAGCAGUCCGUGCCCGUAGUCAAGCAAGCCGACGGAGUCGAGCCCACCCAGGAACCCCUCCAACCGCAGUCCACGCCGGCAACUGAUCCCGAAAACAAAGAGAAGGCCUGGGUCGUCACCGGAGUGUUCAAGAGCUGCUAUGAUUGCGGUUGGAGGGGUUGCUGGGUGGGCUCGACUACGUCGGCUUGCUUGACUACGGGCACGGACUGCUGUUAGAGGGGUUCCGAGGACGGAUCCUGGGUGGGCUUCACUCCGUCGGCUUGCUCGCCUCCGCGGGUUCCAUUUUCCUUGGCAUCAUCAACUUGAUCCUUGGGUUUCUGCUCACUGCCGCCAGUGUUUACUGUUGGUUUCGCCACGGGAACCGACGAACCACCGUGACCAUGCUUCGCCGGAGGCAAGCGGCUAGCUAUCUCAUCGAGUUUUCCCCUCACAUAAGCCCUCCACUCGUUCUCUCCGUCAACUUCUCAAAUUUCAAGUCCAAUUGUUUCGUAAUUUUGAAGACGUCUUUCAAAGUGACCUCAUCUCCUCCCCAAUCGAAUUUCCGGAGGAUCUUCUCGAGCGUAUCCUUCCCUCCAUGCUUCGCCAUGUUAUCGAGCGCGUAUGUAAGCAAUGUUGGGAGCUGCCAGCUGGGUUGGGACUUGGGAGGGAUGGGGGCGAAAUGCGAAUAUGGACGCGUCAGGGUAUUUUUGGGGGAAGAAGAGUUUUUCUUUUCUUUUCUUUUCUCCUCUCCUCUCCUCGCGGCGGCCUUCUCGCAAUUUCUCGGCCGCUCCCGAGAAUUUUCUCCUCAAAUGUCGGUCGAAAUAGCGCUCUGUUACUUCCACCAAGUUCCGGGAGGGCUCCUUCUUUACUGCUUCAGUGGACCUCGACCAUCCACGAGGAACCAAAAUUUCAGGCUUCCAGCAGUCGGGAAGCUGCACCAAACCCUCGCCGUAGACCAGCCUAGAAGAAACCGAUCUAGAAGAAAGAGCAACCGCAAUUGUCGCCUGAAUCUAGGCUUUCUUACUUCCUCGUCGCGUUUCCCCUUCUUAAUCCCACCAUAACUCGAGCAGAUGACCACCGUCCCUCCCGGUCGCUAGCUAAUAAUCGUUGGAUCUUUGGACAUUGUCGGCUUGGAUUUGCGGAUUCCUCAAGCGCAAAAAAAAUGAGGUUGGGAUUAGGGUCGAGCUUUCCUCAAUGGCUCAAACUCAACAAAUAUGAAGAAGAAAUCUCAGGGACAUGGUGGCAGUGGGAGGAGGUGAAUACAAGGUUCGAGGCGGCGCAUGCCAUGCGGAGGGUGGAGCGGAGGUGAGAGGGAGAAGGGGACGGAGUGGCCGGUUCGCAGCAGGGAAGAAGGGGACGGCGAACGGCACGGAACGACAAUGGGGUGAAGGGAGGAAGUGGAUUUGAGUUUUUUUUUUUUUUUUUUUUGCUUUUUUAUUAAUUUUAGAUGGAAAGUAUUUAAAAAAUCUAUGUGAGAUGUCACGUCAAUGCUAAUUAUAUUUUCUGUUAAAUACUAAUGGUCAACGCCGGUCAAUACUAACAGAAAGAUGGUUCAGGAUAGAAAUGGAAUAUUGAAUAUAAUAUGAUACAAGUGACAUUUUUUCGAUAGUUCAGGUGUUAUAGUGGUAUUAGCCCAAUAAAUUAAAAUUGAAAUAAAAAUGCAAGUCUAAAUCCAUUAACAAAAAGGUUAUUCACAGCCAAACACAUCUAAUAAAACAUCAUUCUUCUACCAACCACUAACCUGUCCAGUGGGUGUACGUACCAUUCUUGUCAGGGGGGACCCAAGGGGGUUUGGGGGUGUCCCAGGUGUCCUGGGACACCCCUAAAUUUUGGGAAAAUGAUUAUUCAACCCCGGUGGUAAUUUACGUAUGGACAAAAAGAUUAUAAUUGAUAGUGGGUGACACCCCUGAAAUUUGGAAAAAAAAAAAGAUUAUCCU